AGCAUUUGGGUUGAAAUUAAUUCACUUUAAAGAUGUUAAGAGGGGUAAAUAAAUAGAAGGUUAGUUUAAGUGCUAAACUAAGUUGUCGGGACAAGUUCGGAGGGUUUUGAUGUAUUAUCUCAAACAACACUUCUGCAUCAAGGAAGAUAUAUAAAACAACCAUCUCCUUGCAAGCUCUGAUAUAAACACACAAGCAACAAUCUCCUAUAUACUUUUUGGCUACACUUACCUUUCUUGAAAAGGGCAACCAUCUCCUAUAUUUUAGGGCUAAAAUGGAGCUUAAGAAACACCUACAGCCACAUGCAGUACUGAUACCACUUCCUCUUCAAGGCCAUAUAAAUCCAUUCACACAUCUUGCCAUGAAGCUUGCCUCAAAAGGUUUCACCAUUACCUUUGUCGGCACAGAAUCAACUCACCAGCAGAUGGCUAAGUCUCAGUCACUUAAAGAUGAUGGCAACCCUUUCUCCCAUGCACAGAAAUCUGGUCUUGACAUUCGUUAUGCCAAAAUUAGUGAUGGUUUUCCACUGAGCUUUGACAGGAGGGCCAACGUGAGACAGUUCGUGGAAGGUCUCAGUCAUGUGUUCCAAGCUCAUGUGGAUGACUUCCUUGAAAAUCUAGUCCUCUCAAAACAAAAUCCACCAAUUUCUUGUAUAAUAGCUGACAGUUUCCACGUCUGGGGAUCAAUGAUUGCCAAGAAAUAUAACCUUGUCAAUGUUUCAUUUUGGACUGAACCAGCAACUGUGCUUACAGUCCUCUAUCACAUGGACCUGCUCAAGAGUAAUGGCCACUUUGGGUGUCAUGGUAAGCACGAAGACACCAUUCGAUAUAUACCAGGAAUCCAAGCCAUUCAACCAGAAGAUUUACCUUCAUAUUGUCAAGAUGCUGAUCCAAGUAGCAGUAAAUAUGUGUUCAAGUGUAUUGAAGAUGCACAGAAGGCGGAUUUUGUCAUCGGUAAUACAGUGCAAGAGCUAGAGUCUUCAACCAUCUCGAUCUUACAAGAGCAACAGCCAUUCUAUGCCAUUGGGCCAAUCCUUCCCACAAAUUUCACCAAGAGCACUAUUUCAACGAACCUGUUACCGGCAUCAGAUUACACCGACUGGCUCAAUACCAAACAGGAUGGUACGGUGUUAUACAUCUCAUUUGGUAGUCUUGCUAAUUUGAGUAAACAGGAUAUUCUGGAAAUAGCACAAGGCAUUCUGAUAAGUAAGGUGAGUUUCAUUUGGGUGCUACGUCACAAUAUCUUAGUUUCUGGGGAACGAGACAUUUUGCCUCUUGGAUUUGAGGAAGAAACUGCAGAUAGAGGACUGGUUGUGCCAUGGUGCUCUCAACUAGCAGUACUAUCACACCCAUCAGUUGGAGGGUUUUUGACUCAUUGUGGAUGGAAUUCAGUCUUGGAGAGCAUAUGGUGUGAAGUUCCAAUGAUAUGUUUUCCUGUUACGUCGGAUCAACUUACUAACAGGAAAUUAGUAGUUGAUGAUUGGAGGAUCGGUGUGAAUCUUCGCACUGGAAGAUUAAUCAGGAGGGAGGGAGUUGCGGAAAAUAUUGGAAAGAUAAUGAGUAGAUCAAAUGAAAUGAAGAAAAAUGUAGAAAAAACAAGGAUGAUCGUUCAGAACGAACUUUCUGAUGAGGGAUCUUCAGAGAAGAAUCUCAACCAAUUCAUAGAAGACAUGAAGAACAAAAUUCUUCAGAAAAAUUGAAAUGGUCAACCAGAGCUUCAUAUCACAUUCGCGCUUAUCAAUUGCAGUUCAGCAAAGCCGGAACAUAGCAAGUGAUGUAUUUUAAUUUCUUUCAUGAAGUAACUUAGCAAGUGAGGUAUUGGUUCUCCAAGUGUACCGGAAUGAAUAAUGGCAUAACAUACAAUAAAUAUUGUGCCUUAAACUAGUCCGGGCAUCUAUAUGAAUCUCGCUAUUUAUCCA